AUGCACGUCGCCAUCGUGGGAGCAGGCUACUCUGGUUUAGCUGCAGCGACCACCAUGUUAUCGUUUGGUCACUCGGUCGUCAUCUUCGAGUCGUCGCCCGAUGUCGGAGGGGUAUGGUCAUCAACGAACCACUAUCCAGGUUUGAAAGCACAGAAUACCAGAGAUACCUACUGCUUCUCGACUCUACCCAUGCCCAAGGAACACCCUUUACAUCCCGACGGCCAACAAAUCCAAGCUUAUCUCGAGUUGUAUGUCAAGAGGAACAAGUUGGAUCAAGAAGGAAGGUUGAAGUUGAAUACGAGGGUGGUUAAAGCAGAGAAGAGAGACGAUGGCUGGAUACUGGAGGUUCGCUCAAAUGAUCAUCAGAGUCAGCUACUGCCCUUCGACUACCUCAUCUGCGCUGCUGGGGUGUUCAAUCAACCGAAGAUCCCAAAAUUCAACAGUAUCGACACCUUCAUCUCGUCUGGCGGUGUCAUCGUGCAUACUUCAGACCUUCAUAGAUUGGCUGAGCUGAAAGACAAGGAUGUCCUGAUCGUUGGAUUUGGUAAAUCAGCUUGUGAUGUAGCUGUAGAGGCGACAUCAGCCUCUAAGUCAGUCACUAUUGUUGCAAGAGAUGUCAUCUGGAAACUACCCACCUAUGUUGGAGGAGUGGUUCACUAUUCAUAUCUGCUCUUGACUAGAUUCGGAGAAGCUCUCUUUCCUUAUAUCCGACCCUGGUCAUCUCAACGAUUCCUCAACUAUGGAUACGGUCGACCUAUCCGAGCGUUCAUCAUGGGAUUGGUCAGUCUCGUCAUCAUCGUUCAGCUCAAACUCGUCAACUUAGGAUUAUUACCCAACAAGCCAUUCGAAACGAUUGCUAGGUCAAGUGUAUCAUUGGCUACUCCUGGAUUCGUCGAUGCGGUCAAAGAGAAUAAGCUUAGAGUUGAGAGAGGUGUCACAGUAGAAUCUUUAGGAGAUAGAAAAGUGGUGCUGUCGAACGGUAAACAGCUAGAUGCAGAUGUGUUAGUUUGUGGUACGGGAUGGAAGCAUGGUAUCCCUUGUUUCCUCCCUCAAAAUCACAGAGAUAAGAUCCUCAACCAAUUGGGUGACUGGGUACUUUACAACCAUAUUUUACCGAUCGAUAUACCAGGUCUGGCCUUUAUAGGUUACAGCUCAUCGAUCUUCUGUCCUCUUACCGCCGAAAUUUCAUCACUGUGGUUAGCCGCUCAUCUCGACAACUUACCUGAAUUGAUCAGAGAGGUCCCAAGCAAAAGUCAACAACGAGCUCAAGCGGAAGAAGAGGUCGAAUGGAUGAGGAAGAGGACGGAAGGUCAUCAUGCGAACGGAACGAGCAUUGUACCAUUCUCUUUGUCAAAUAUUGAUGAGAUGCUGAGAGAUUUAGAUUGUGGAAUUGGGUGGUUUGACUGGCUGAGGGAGUGGGUGUUGCCUGUUAAUCCUGGUAGUUAUUCUCACAUCUUGCCUACGGUCAUUCGACGACGAGAUAAGCUGAGAGCGGAACAAAAGAAGGGGGAUUGA